AUGGCUCAAAGCGAGAAGCACAGCGGCAGCUCUCGCCUGAGCUUGGACGAGCGCGAGGAAAUCCAGGAAAUGCAGGAAAUCCCGCGCCAGACUCGCAGUCGACAGAACUCGUGGAUCGAUCGAGAUGACAUCUCCUUCUUUGAGGAUAUCAACCCUGAUGGUAGGGCGGAGUUGACUCGCAUUGCUUCGAACUUUCCAAGACGCACUCCCACCACGACAUCCGCUGUCGAUGGAAAGGGCAUCAAGCGAAUGGACACCGUUGACGAGAUGGCCAUUGAGGAUCCAGCAUUUGAUCCAACAAGCAAGGAGUUUAACCACUUAAAGUGGGCGCGUAAGAUGAUGAAACUCCUGGACGAGGAGGGUGCCCCCCGACCACCUUCGACCGGAAUCAGCUUUCAGAAUCUCAACGUAUUCGGCUCAGGAUCAGCUUUGCAGUACCAGGAUACUGUGGCCUCUCUAUUGGCCGCGCCAUUGCGACUCCGUGAGACUCUUCUCAAAAAAGCUCCUGAAAGGCACAUCCUGCGCGAUUUCAAUGGUCUGGUCAAGCAGGGUGAGCUUUUGAUCGUCCUGGGCCGUCCUGGCAGUGGUUGUUCGACCUUUUUAAAGUCAAUCUGUGGUGAACUGCAUGGUCUUAAACUUGAGGAAGGCUCCGACAUCCAGUAUGGAGGGAUAUCAAUGGAGACUAUGCAUAAAGAGUACAAGGGGGAGGUUGUGUACAAUCAAGAGGUCGACAAGCACUUUGCUCAUCUCACUGUGGGGCAAACCCUGGAGUUCGCAGCCGCCGCAAGAACUCCUCAGUUUCGGCUUCAGGGCAUCAACCGAGAAGAGUACGCAAAGUAUGUUACUCAGGUUGCGAUGUCCGUCUUUGGACUCUCGCACACGUAUAAUACCAAGGUUGGCGAUGACUAUAUACGAGGUGUCUCCGGAGGUGAGAGAAAACGAGUCAGUCUUGCGGAAAUGGCUUUAUCUCGUUCGCCUAUCGCAAGUUGGGAUAACAGCACAAGAGGUCUGGACUCUGCGAGCGCUCUAGAAUUUGCCAAGUCAUUGCGAGUCGCGGCAAACGUAGGAGGCUCUUGCCAUGCCGUGGCCAUCUACCAAGCCUCGCAGGCAAUCUACGACAUCUUCGACAAGGCCAUCGUCUUGUAUGAAGGACGUGAAAUCUACUUCGGGCCCUGCGAUAAAGCCAAGGAAUACUUUGUUGAGAUGGGCUUCUAUUGCCCGCCGCGCCAAACAACAGGAGAUUUUUUGACAUCAGUCACCAACCCCCAAGAGCGCAAAGCGCGAGAGGGCAUGGAAAAUCAGGUGCCGCGGACGCCGGCGGAGUUUGAGACGUACUGGAAGAACAGCCGUUACUUCGCAGAGCUCCAGCAAGAGAUCGCCGAUCACCUGGAGGAAUUCCCAGUGGGAGGUGAGGUUGAGAAAACCUUUGACAAGGCUAAGCAGUGGAGACAAGCGAACCAUGUCCGGCCUAAGAGUCCCUAUGUCAUAUCGGUUCCGAUGCAGGUCAAGCUUUGCACUAUUCGUGCAUAUCAAAGGAUUUGGAACGAUAAACCCUCAACGUUGACUACAGUCAUCGGUCGCAUUGUGAUGUCUCUCAUUAUUGGUUCGAUAUACUAUGGGACUCCUAACGCCUCCGCCGGGUUCCAGAGCAAAGGAGCUUCUCUGUUCUUCGCUGUUCUGAUGAAUGCGCUCAUAUCCAUCACUGAGAUCAAUUCACUGUAUGACCAGCGGCCAAUCGUCGAGAAACAAGCCUCGUACGCUUUUGUUCAUCCUUUCGCCGAAGCCUUUGGUGGGAUCGUGUCCGAUAUUCCCGUCAAGUUUGUGGCCGCUACUGUUUUCAACAUCAUAUAUUACUUUCUGGCCGGCUUGCGCUACGAACCUUCCCAGUUCUUCAUCUUCUUUCUCUUCACAUUCCUCAGCACCCUUACGAUGUCGGCAAUAUUCCGGACUCUGGCAGCCUCUACAAAAACCUUGUCACAAGCAAUGUCCAUGGCUGGUGUGAUGGUCUUGGCUAUUGUGAUAUAUACUGGCUUCGUGAUUCCCGCUCCUCAAAUGUCUUCCAUUCCCUGGUUCAGCUGGAUAAGGUGGAUUAACCCGGUUUAUUAUACGUUUGAGGCCAUGAUUGCAAAUGAGUUUCACGGGCGACGGUUUGAAUGCUCGCAAUUGGUGCCUGCAUAUCCGAAUCUAAGUGGCGAUUCGUUUAUUUGCGCCGUGCGCGGCAGUGUGGCAGGAGAACGAACUGUUUCUGGAGACGAUUUCAUCUGGUCCCAAUAUAGGUAUACUUACGACCACGAGUGGAGGAACUUCGGCAUUUUGAUAGCCUUCUGGAUUUUCUUCACGGUUGUCUACCUGGUUGCCACAGAGCUCAAUUCGGCGACGACCUCAAAGGCGGAGUUUUUGGUCUUUCCUCGCAGUAAGGUACCUCCCCAGAUGCGCAAUCUUGAUAAGGAUCAAGAAGACGGCCACGGCCCGGCUGCGGAUACUGUUCUAGCUGAGAGACCGACUGAAGUGGCACCAAACACCUCCGCUAUCCCAGAGCAGCACAGCAUCUUUACCUGGCGAAAUGUGUGCUAUGAUAUCCCUGUCAAAGGUGGUCAGCGUCGAUUGCUUGAGAAUGUGAAUGGAUGGGUCCGCCCGGGCACAUUGACGGCCUUGAUGGGCGUAUCAGGUGCGGGUAAAACUACGCUUCUAGAUGUGCUCGCAAAGCGUGUCUCCAUUGGCAUCGUGACGGGGGAGAUGCUGGUAGAUGGUAGACCGCUUGACCCCAGCUUCCAACGAAAAACUGGCUACGUGCAGCAGCAAGAUUUGCACCUUCCAACUACUACCGUGCGAGAGGCACUACGAUUCAGUGCAUUACUGCGGCAACCAAAGGCCGUUUCCCAACAGGAGAAAUAUGCAUUCGUUGAAGAGAUAAUUGACAUGCUUAAUAUGCAGGACUUUGCGGACGCGGUCGUUGGUACUCCUGGCGAGGGCCUUAAUGUGGAACAACGAAAGCUGUUGACUAUAGGUGUCGAGCUUGCAGCCAAACCGGCUUUGCUCAUUUUCCUCGACGAGCCUACGAGUGGCCUGGACUCGCAGAGCUCAUGGUCAAUCUGUUCAUUCCUACGUCAGCUUGCGGACCGCGGCCAAGCAGUGUUAGCUACCAUUCAUCAGCCUAGCGCCAUGCUCUUUCAACAGUUUGAUCGUCUCUUGUUCCUAGCAAAGGGAGGCCGAACUGUCUAUUUUGGGGACAUCGGCGAUGAAUCUCGUACCUUGCUUGAUUACUUUGAAGGAAAUGGAGCCCGCGCAUGCGGAGAAUCUGAGAAUCCUGCGGAGUAUAUGCUAGAGGUUAUUGGAGCAGGUGCUGCUGGAAAGUCCGAGAAGGACUGGCCGGUCAUUUGGAAUGAAAGCCCACAAUUCCGAGAAGUCCAGGAGGAGAUCGACCGGAUCCAUAAAGAUAGGGCUUCCGCUUCAUCAGACGAGAAUAAUACGCACGACGAGUACGCCAUGCCUUUUAUCAGUCAACUGUGGAGCGUGACUAGCCGCGUAUUCCAGCAGUACUGGCGCGAGCCGGUCUACAUUUGGGCAAAGCUGAUCCUCGCUAUCGCCUCCGGCCUCUUCAUCGGGUUCACCUUCUUCAAGCCCGAUAGCUCUCAACAAGGAUUUCAGGAUGUCCUCUUCAGUGCAUUCAUGCUCACAUCCAUCUUUUCUACUCUAGUACAACAGAUUAUGCCCAAAUUCGUCAUCCAACGCUCCCUUUACGAAGUCCGCGAGCGUCCCUCAAAGGCCUACUCCUGGGCGGCCUUCAUCAUCGCCAACGUUGCCGUCGAGAUCCCCUGGCAGAUCCUUGCCGGCAUAGUCUCCUGGGCAACAUACUACUUCCCCGUCUACGGUGCCUCACAAGAACCGCAUCGACAAGGCCUAAUGCUUCUUUUCGUAAUCCAGUUCUUCAUCUUCACUUCUAGCUUCGCUACUUUCGUCAUCUCCGCUCUCCCAGACGCCGAAACCGGCGGUACCAUCGCAUCGCUGAUCUUUAUGUUUAUCCUUGUAUUCAAUGGAGUCAUGCAAGCGCCCUCAGCACUACCCGGCUUCUGGAUCUUCAUGUAUCGCGUCUCUCCGCUGACGUAUCUCAUCGCUGGCAUGAUAGGAACGGGUCUCCAUGGCCGCGCAAUCGAGUGCGCAAGAGAGGAGUUGAAUGUUUUCAAUCCGCCAUCUGGCCAAACCUGCGGGGACUACCUCGCUGAUUAUCUCCCCACUGCGCCAGGGCAGCUGUAUAACGCCGAUGCUACGUCAAACUGCCAGUACUGCGGCCUCACCAACGCAGACCAGUACCUUGCUGCAUUUGAAAUAGAGUACAGUCAACGCUGGCGCAAUUGGGGUAUCGGCUGGGCGUAUAUCGGCUUCAAUAUCUUCGGCACAGUAGCGCUAUACUACAUUUUCCGCGUGCGGCACUGGAACCCGACGAGUCUUAUACGCGGCGUCAGACAGGGCGCGCAGGUAGUUUGCCGUGUGUUCAAGAGGCGCUCUGGAGAGACGCCAAAGGGGAAGGAGGCGGAGAAUGGACGGUUGUAUUAG